ACCGCGAUUCGAUCCUCGUCGUUUCGAGCCGCGCUAGCGACGAGAUGUAAACGCGACUCGAUAAAGUUUCAUCGUACACGACGACGUUGCUCUCGUAAACGUGGCGUGUCGGCUAUACACGCGUGUUCACUCGUUACACAGGACCAUAUUUUCUCGUGGUGCGAAAGAAAACCCUUGGAUUUCGAGGCGUCUCGAUAUUAUUAUAAAAUAUACUCAUCGCGAAAGGUGUUGUGUGUGCUACGAUCAUUUCUAUUCAUUUUCCUUUUUCUUUUUGUUUUGGAGCAAACUUGUUGUCUUUGGUUUUAUUCGGUGGUGACAUUUAGGACAUCGAGGUGUACGAUUCGAAAGGAGCGUGCGGUGGACGACGGUGGGAAGCACGAACUGCAGUUAGACGGAGAUUGCAGCAUCUGAAGAACGGGCGUAGAAAAAGGGAAACAACAGCACGUUCCAUCGGACUUUCGAUGGGCAUUUCUGACUGCCGAUUUCGAGUUGCUUGCUUUGUGAAAACGGCCUGUGCUCUGCCUGAAGAUCGAUAGCGAUAUCUUAAAGAAAGUGGCUGCGUUUUUAAUUUCGAUGCACACGGAGAGCUUCGAAUCUUUUCAGAGAAAUAAAGGAUAGCAUGGUGUGUUAUGGCUCCUUGCGUAUCGCAGCUGUCUGUCAUAAUUGCUGAAGUUGCACCGAGAGCAACGUUUCGAAACAGAAGAAACCAAUGAACGUAUCUGAUCUCUUCGUAACACGAUCCUAACCUCAAACAUGUUCGCCUGGACGAGCGACUAACCAUCCUGUGGAACAGUUCACCAGUUUGAGUGUAAAAUGCGGUGAUUUCAGGGAGGACGCGACAUCUGGAGAAAACUAGAGUGCAGUGCUACAAGCGAUUCGAAGAUGAAGUGGCCAUUAGUGCUGACUUGCUUUCUGCUGCCGCAUUCGUGCAUCCUUGGUGCAUCGCAUGCCUGUUGCGAGUUUCCGGCGCAGUGGAACGGCCAUUGGUUUCAAUCGGGGAUCGAAGGGCUGGUGACUGUGAACGGGUCCAUGAUGACCAGCAAGGGCCGCUGCAUCGAGACCAAAGACGACAAGUUCCUCAUUCAGGACACAGAGAUAGAUUGCUAUAGGUGCAUCGUCAUGCACAUGAAGCAUCCGAAUGUUCUUCAGUAUAAAGAAACUUAUUGCAUCACAGCGUCGCCGAAACCUACUUUGCCAUUCAUAUGCAGCGAGUUGAGAAGCGAUGCCAUAUUAAUUUCCCUAUUUCGCACGGGGGCAGCUCCGAUGCCCUGUCCAUUUAAGGGACCCCUAGAAUUCACGUACAGUCAUGGCGAAGGGGAGUGUAAGUCGCCGUUAUCAGCGGCAGAAACCUGCACUCAAGAAUCGCGAUUGCUUUUCCGCUACCAGGCGUGUGCCAAUGUGCUGUCCUCUGAAAGCGUCGAUGUGGAACUAGAGUGCCUAGCCACGUGGAAGGAAAGCAGCACGCACAAUCUAGUGGCGAGGUUGCACGCUCCGCGGAAAACUAGCGACGAGGAUAGCUACAGAUGCUUCAUCUAUGAACAAACUUCGAACAAUUCGUGGAAUUUGGCGCAAAGUGAGGAUGCCUCUUGUACUGGCUUGAUCAGCGUUAAGGAGGCUGCCAAGACGUUCAAGAUGAAACAGAAAAAUUCAACUGAACGUUGCUCCUAUCCAUCAUGGGUGGUGGACAAUAAAUUGUGGGUGGCUCUGGAUCCGAUAGCAUCACGACUACAGGCGUCACCUUACAAUCUGACGAUUGUAAAUCGGCAGGAGACUCGUCUCGUGUGCCACUCCGUAGUCCCUCUUAACGAUCGUCAUGAGCAUCCUGACAGAGAGAAUCAGGUGCAGUACGUCGCCAAGGCUACCCUCGAUUGCACGAAUGGCUAUGUGUGCCUGAUGUUUCACAGAAGGGAUAGCCACAUAAUAGAAUUGCAACUGUCGGAAUGGAGCCAGCAGCCCGACGACGUGUGCAACUCGAGUACGUUCAACUCCCACUCGACGCCGUACACGACGUUCAUUACACCAGACCCAAUUACCAAGCAGUGCCCCAACCUUGGUCGCUACAAAAUUGUGUCUGUGCUACACAAUCACAAUGGUGACAAAGCGGAGGACAUAUUGGGCGUGGAUGGUGAACCAAUGAUCAACGCUGCUGAGGUUCAAGAUGUCAGGGUCACGUCGACACCUUAUCCAGGACGAUGUCGCUAUCGACUAGAUAUCGGUUGCAAGACGCCGGAUCGUAUGGAGUUUGCUACAUCGUGCAACGACGAAACACCACCAGAAUAUUCGUGCCAUGGAACUUGGAUCGAGAACGACACAGCCUAUUUGGUGGCGAGCACCGAGAAAGGAAGAUACUGUCUCGUUUACAGUGCUUCUGCAGCGGCGACAGGAAGUCGCGAGCUCUCGGUGACGGGCCAUCUUGCUUCCUGUCCGAGGGCUUCUCAUCGUCAUGUAGUUUCAUGGCAGGUCAACCUCACGUCGUAUGCGCAAUGCGGCGACAUCUCGACGGCCACGUCGUGGACCUUCCGGAUUUCCGCCUCGGUUUACAUUCUGGCAGUGCUGGGCACCUUGUUCGGCAGAUACAUCGCGAGGUGAUACCACUGAGUGAAGGAACUAGGCCACGUGACGGCUGUGUAGUACCAACCUACUACACAAAACUCGAGUCGUCGGUACAGCAACUACAAACAGCAACAACAAAAAGAAAAAAAAUCUCUAUAUAUAUAAAUAUAAAUAUAAAUAUAUAAAUACAAAGUAAAAAAAUAUAUAUAUAUAAAUACAAAGUAUAUAUAUAUAUUAAGCGGAACGAUUUACGAACGAAGGAAUGAACACGGAAUGCGUGUCGGGAGAAAGUAACCUAAAUAAUCAAGCAUAAAUAGCGUGUAAGUGUCCGUGGGUGCGAGUCGUGCAGAGAAGAGGGCGCGACAGGAAAAAUGAGAUAGGAGAGGAGAGAAAAAGAAGCUUGUUAGAGAACAACCUAGUCGUUGCUUGGAACAUGGCGGAUCCUUGGAUCAAACCUUCGAUGUACAUACAGAUAUGUGUACAUGUAUAUAAAAUUCACUUAAGCAAGCUUCGGUUUUAUUGGAGUAGUUGCUUCGGAAAGUAUUGUCUUCUUUUAAGGGUCAGGGAGAACUGAACCCUUCUGCAAACGAGCAUGUUCUCUUUAUAUGGCCGAAUUGGGUGAAGGGAUCUUGGGAGGUUUUUAGAGCAAUUGCUUUUGACUGAAUUUUUGUCUUGCUUCUCCUUUUUAAACUUUUCUUCUUUUAUUUGUCUAUGUAGUGUUUACUGGACUAUCUACGUUCUUUUAUUCGUCGAUUGGUGAAAAUGUUGUUAAGCGUGUUAUUUCUGGAUUGUUUUCCUAUCCGUAGAUGGGUAAAAUUAGUAUAAUUUCUUUUUUCGACUAUAUGAUAUUCGAAUUUCAAUUUGCUUCAAUAUUUUCAAAUUUUUCCAAAUAUUUCAUCCCAAUCAAUCUUUCGAUUUCCCUAGCAAUAUCGAAAUACACGCAAGACUUUCGAAUUCCAAAAAUCUCGAUUGUUAAAUUUCCCAAGCAACCCGAUUCCCCGCAAUUAACCUCGCUAAUUAGAAACCUCCCUGGCCGAAUGCAACGUGCAACGCAUCGCGCGAAUCCAAUUUAAAAAAAAAGCACGAACAGCAAAAACGCCGAAAAAAGGACAAAAAAGAAUUGCAAAAAAUCCUAACCGCUAAAAAAAUCGAAAAAAAAAAAAAAACGAGAACUAAAGGGUGCUGGGGCCAAUAUUGUGUGCGUUCUGAGUGGUGAUACUAGCCCACGUGUUUGUGAGUGAGAAAGAACCAGAUAGCAAAACGAAGAUCUGAGAAAAUAAAAAAGAGAAAAACCAAAAAAAAAAAGAAACGAGAGAAAACAGAAAGAAGCGAGUGUGAGAGAGAACGAGAAACUUAUGACACUUAUUUAGGUCCAGGACGUGUCCGCCAUGUUCGAAGUGGUGCGUGCUGUUCUCCAGGUCGAACAGAAAACGUGUAUUUGCUCGGAACAGGAACGUUUCAGCUGUAAUCGUACGCGUUUUAAUUAAAGUUCCACUGCACUCGAGCGAAGAGAGAGAGAGAGAGAGAGAGAGAGAAAGAGAAUUUUUCUGACAUAUGCGUGGAUAUGUAUGCGUGUGUACGAGUGUAGAAAUUUCAAAAUAACGAAGAGAAAGGAAAAUAGCGAAGAAACAGAUUUUUCGCUGCGCCACGAGUACCAAUGGCUCAGAACGAUUAUUAUUAUUAUUAUUAUUAUUACUGCCAUUAUUACGAUUAUUGUGUCGUCGUGAGAGCUAGAAUGAAGGUGUAAAUGUGGACUUCUCUCUUCUUCUGUGGCUUCUUUCGCGUGGUUUUCUUUCAGUUCUUGCCACCCCUCGGCUUUCACUCGUGAAUUACCCCUAAUGUAUGGGUGAUUAGGCGACUUUGGAUCGUAAGACACGCCGAAAGCUAAUGUAACACUGUUACAAGGAGAAUACAGGCGGACUGUGGGAAUUUUUCGUGAUCCCAUCUGAUCCGAUUUACGUGAUCCUCUGUGGUUUACGAAUUUCUACCCUUGGUCGACUCUUAAAACGAAAGUGAGUUUGAAUGGAUUGAAUGGAUUUUGCGACUUCAUUUAUGAUUAAAAUAGAUUUAAUGAAUAUAUUUAUUUUGAUUUUUAAUCUAGAAUUUAUUUCUUUAGAUAUUGAUGCACGACAUUUAAAUUCAAGGAGAUUUAUGUUAUUUGAUUUACAAUUUGCAUUAAAUUUGUAAUUUAAUCAGUUACAUAUAUAUAUAUUUAUGUAAUUUUCUAUUCAAGUAUUAAAUUUAAUUUGCGUUAGAUUUAAAUUAGAUUUAAUACUGAAUCUAUGCACAUGAUCCGAUCAAUGGAAAUAAUGAAAAUUGCGGAACCAUUGUAUUUUAUGCAAUGUAAAGUGGAGAUGGUGAAUUUAAGAGUCGAUGACAAGGAUUGACUUAGUAAGAGAGAUCAUAUGAAACUGAGUGAAGGAAAGGUUAUGGUACGGUGACUACUCGGUCCAUUUUUUGCUUUGGAACAGAUUAAUCUUUUUCUUAUAAGACAAAUAUUUGAUACCUUUUAUCGAGUUAACGAUGUUUGUGAGUUAUAAAGAGAAAUAAUGAAAAAAAAUGUUCCUCGUCUUUUACAUGUAUAAUUUGUCAUAUGGGAAGAAUGAAGAUACUCAAAUAUUGGAAAAUAUUGGAAAAAAUGAAAAGAAGCUAUGAAAAAUUAUGAAACGAAGACCUGAAAACGUUCAGUCCAUAGAAAAGAUGAAUAUCUCGGAAGUCAGAAAACGUUCAAGUAUUAGAAUCACAAAUAUUAAAGCCAAAGAUUACAAAGGAAAGUACUCAAUAAUUAAAAAAAAAGAUGUAAACUCCAGAGCAACAAAAGGAUUGACUCGGUCAGGGACAAGGGAUUAUUAAGAGAACCACGACAUAUCGAUAAAUCGAGAGAAUUCGAACAAGGAACUCGGAGAAGCUGCUAGAUAGCGUUAGAUAAUCAAUUAUCUCAUCAACUUCCUAACCUAUGAAACCAAGUAGACGAAACAAACGGAACGAUACCGAUACUGAAGCAACUAUAAAAACAUUGAAAUGAAACAAAUCUAAUGCGCAAAGAUCCAAAAUCUCGACAAAGUACAGAUAUUUUUCACCUGGAGCUAUUUUAAAUAAGGGCCUGCCAAUAACUAUGCGAACGAAGGAAAGAGAUAAGGGGCAGUACUAUGAUCGCGUAAAUUUAGUCGAUUCGCUAUACAUACUUGGAUAGUUGGAUAUACAUACUAUAAAUACAGAUAUAAAUACGGGAUAUAAAUAUUAUAAAUAUUAUACAUACGUUAUGUAUACAUAUAUAUAUAAAUAUAUAAAUACUCGAGGACAAUUCGAUGUUGGCUAUAAACUUGUAAACUAUUAGGUAGAUAGAAGAAAAGAGAAAGAAAGGGAGGACUUGCUCCGAAUGAAUGGAAACAAGAGAGUAGAACGGGUUGCCAGUGUCUAGGCGUACAGGUUUUAUACUAAUCGAGGCAUCUCGAUGCUUUUUGAUGUCUUUGUUACGUCUAAUUCACUGUAUACUGUGUUAUAUAAUAUUAAUUAAUAUAUAUAUAUAAUAUAAUAUAUAUAUAAUUAUCAUAAGGAUCGUAUGGUUCUAUUAAGAACUGUGAAAGUUUUUAUAAAUUCGUCUUUAUAGUAUCUAAGAGCGCAUGAAAGGUCUAUAAAAUUUUGUGAUACAUUUGACGAUCGAGUUUUGUGAUAUAGUGCCGUUUAAUUGUGUUUGAAGAAUUUGUUGUGGUUUACUUAUCUUUUUAGAGCCGAUUAGUUUUGGUCGAUUUAAAUUAAAUUAAGUUUAUUAUUGGGAAAUUCUUGAACCAAAGUUCAACUGAUCUUAUUGUAUGUAAUUAAAAAUUAAUUUAUGAUUA